GUUACUCGCGACGCAUUUCAGGUUUCACGGUAUGUUGUUGGUUUAUCUUGUUAUACCGCACAGUUCUUAUCCUGUAUUUAGUUGAGUAUUCUUGAAAGCGAUGUUUCAGAAUUAAAAACAAGGUGUAAAAAAUUAAUUGGGAAUAUCUUAACCAAUUAAUUGUGGAUAGUUCGUUUUUAACUCUAGUGUGGUGUUAAUAAGCUAAGGGAGAACUAGCUGUUCAGAUUUUUUGAAUUUCUGGAGAUUUUCAGCGCUGUCGUAUCAGAUAAACAUCAUUGAAUGGUUACGAAACCAUAGUCAAAUCUUGAAAAUUCUUCUUGUGCGAAAUUUAGGGUAAAUCCUUGUAGGUUAUCGAGGUGAAGAAUUUUAUUUCCGAGCUAUAUCCAAAAGGUGGAAACAAAUUAACAGGAAAGCUCGCACAUGUGGAAAGAAGUAAUAAUAUGUCUGUAUCGCUAACACUGCGAAGUGUCAUACAAACCAUCGAAAAUUCAUGGAGCCACGAAACAAUAUCCUUCAACUGGCCCAAGACUGUUGGCAUCAAGCAUUACACACUGCUGGUCAGGAAUGUAGCCAACAAAAAUCAUAUGCUGAUUAAUAAAAAUUUCCCGGACAAUAUAACUCAAUACCGACAUAAGAUGGAAGGAAGCUUGAGAUAUGGCCAAACGUGCGAAUUUAGCAUUAUGAUAACGGGACCUAAUAAUGAGAUAAAGCAUAGUCCUUGGCAAAUUUUUACAAUUGGUGGAGAUAGAGUUCCUAGGAAUCCGUCCGCAUCUGUAAACAGCGAGUGCCCAGAAAGAAGCAUUAAAGUUGUUUGGGUCUCUUCGGUAAAGACUCCAGAAUAUUACACCGUUAAAGCCAUUCCAUCACGAGGAAAAAUUGUGACACAAACUUGUCAACAACCGCCGUUUAUUUUUCAUGGUUUGAAAUCAAAUACUCCCUACGUAUUCAAAGUUUCCGCAGUUUUUCUUGAAGAUGAUGGUACCAUCAAAGAAGAAGUUGGAAGUAAAACUGACGCAGUGAGCACAUAUCCAAAACGAGGAGCGAUGUCAGAGACACAAAUUAGCAAAAUACUCAGCAGUGUAGUCAACACACAUAAUCCAUUUACUCAAAAUAACAAUCGCGUAGCCGAUGACAAGAAGGCGGAUUUGGAUAAACCAAAAAUUGAAAUAAUUAUCGUUGAAAAUGAGGAUAGUCCGGAUCGAGCAUGUAUAAGUUGGGAUCACCCUGAUUUUGAUGGCGAUUCAAGUGAUUAUAAAAUCUUACAUUAUCAAGUCACAUUAUCACAAGAUGGUGUCGUGAUUAAAAAAUUCGAGAAUAUAACCUGCUCAGAAACACAAACUGAAAUGUUUGUGCUAAAUUUCGGGAAAUAUUACACCGUAAACAUAAUAACUACAUACGAAGAAAUUGAUACGGAAAAAGUGAGAAGAUCGGAUACAUUAAGAACGUUUUAUUCGAGACCAGAUAAACCCACGAUCAAAGUUUUAAAACACGAUGGGAAAUUUUCUGUAGGAUGGACAAUGGUUGAUGGAGCUGAUGGAUUUCAUCUUCAAAUUCAAGAAGUUCGUUCAGGCCGAACUAUACUACAAAUGGAAGGAGGGCGGGGUUUCAUCGAGUAUAAAGUAGAAUCUUCCCAUUUUAUUGUUGGCAGAUAUUACAGAUUCUCUGUCACGGCGAUAACAAAAGACAAGAAAAUAAGAUCAAACGCUGUCGAAAAGCUAAUGGGUGAUCAACUGGUACCAAGACAAGCGAUAGCGACAUUGAAUACGAUUAAGCCUUGCAAUUCUGUUGAUAUAACUUGGGAAAGUCCAGAAAAAGAACCAUUUCGUUACAAAGUGUUAUCUACAGACGGAAAACAUGUGAUGAAGCAUAUAAAAACAAAUAGUUGUGUUGUAACUGGAUUGCAGAGUGGAUCAAGAUAUAGAUUUAAUGUUAUAUCAAUAUUUGAAGAUGGGACGGAAAGUGAUCCAUGUUCGACAGACGAAAUAGUCACCGAUCCUAGGCCAACAACCUUAGAAAACUUGCAGUUGCGGAUAAAUGAAGACAGACCGCAUUCAUCAACCAUAGCGUCUUGGAAUCGCUCAGAAAAUGCAACUACCUAUAAAAUUUCGGUUAAAACAACGAAUUUCUUAUUGGAAUAUACCACUGAUAAAACUUGCCACACGCUGGAGAAUCUGGAUUCUGAUACAAAGUAUGAAAUAUGUGUUUCACCGGGCAACAGUGAAGGAUACGGAAGACAAGCAUCUUCAGAAAUUACAACAGAAUUGAACCCGCCAGAGGACGCCAGCGUGACGUGCAGUUGUCACGAUUGUGUUGAUGUAUCAUUUGUUCACAAUCAUACUGGAACAUGUCAAUAUGAAAUUUCUCUAUGCAAAGCAGAAAAUGACGAAGUAGUGAAUCAGAAAAAAACAAGUGAAAUUAAAUGUGAUUUUCAUAACCUUGAAGGUAACACGGAAUAUUAUGCAACCGUGCGCAGCAUUAAAGAUGAUAAAUCAAGUCGCAGUGAGAAGUCAAAAAAUAUAUUGACAGUGCCAAAGAAGAUAAUGGGAUUAAAAUGCAUACUGGAUGACGAACGACCUUCACUUGACGUUGAAAUACAAUGGGAAUCAGAAUACCCAUCAAUGCAAUACGAAGUAGAGGUGCAAACCGAUCAAAUAAUUGAAAGAUUAUUUUUAGUUACCGACGCGAAGAACUGCAAAUACAGGUGUCUUAAGGAAGGGAAUUUAUAUUCAGUGAGAGUAAGGGGAAAGAAUAAAACGGGAUAUAGCGAGUGGUCAAAUACCUCUGACAUACUGUUAGGAGCCUCACCAAGUAAAUUUUAGAGAAACUCAAUUGGAAA